AUGUCGAACCACACGCAAUUCCCAACGGCUGACAUGCCGGCGUCCGUAAUCCCUCCUCCGCCGGGAGUGACGGUCGAUUUCGACCAUCCGCGCCAGCAAAAGGUGCUCGAGCAUUACCUCAUCUUUGGGAUCGGCGGCACGAUUGCGUUCAUCGCCCUCUGUCAGAGGUUUUACACCAAGAUCUUCUUGUCGAAGGGUCUGCAAAUCGAUGAUGCUUUCAUGUUUCUUGGUUGGGUCGCUUCUGUUGUCACGCAGGCCAUGCUAGUUGCCUCAAUAGCUGAAGGCGGCAUGUGUGCACACGCUUGGGAAAUGCCCCUUUCCCGAUUUGUAAAAUACUCCAUCGAUGUGUAUGUCACUGCGCCGGUGUACAUGCUCUGCAACGGCUUCACGAAGCUGUCGCUGCUUACCUUCUAUCUUCAUUUGUCGCCGCAAAGAUGGUUCCGAAUUUGCGUGUGGAUCGGCAUCGUCGUUGUGUCCUUGUACUCGGGAUGCAUCACAUUAUUGAUGCUGUUCCACUGCAACCCAGUCCGCAAGGCUUUUGACUUCACCAUCAAUGACGGAAAGUGUUUGGACGUGGCUGUGCUUUACAUUGCCACGGCAGUGUCAAAUAUCGCCACCGACGUGAUGUUGUUCAUCCUGCCGAUGCCAAUGAUCUUCAAUCUCCGCAUGAAAAUUGCACAAAAGAUUGGCGCUAUGCUGAUAUUCGGCAUUGGAUCUAUCACCAUCGCAACGUCUAUUAUCCGUCUCGUCCUUCUGCCCAAGUUGCUGACCAGCACCGACCCAUCGUGGGAUGCGGCGCCCGCCAAUAUCUGGACCUUCAUCGAGGGCAACCUUUUCGUCAUUUGUGGCUCGAUGCCGACAUUGCGAAAGUUCUUCAAGCACUUUGCACCCAAGCUCAUGGGAACUUCAACGAACCCAUCGUCGUACGGUGCGGUAUACCACGCAUCUUACGCCAACCAACAAUCACACAACACAAAGAGUCGAGCAAGAUCUCAGUACCAACAAUUUUCAGAUCAGAACGAGAUGCAUACAUUCCAUUCGGAUCACAAGCGGGGCAUGGACGACGACUCCGCAUUUACCUCAGUUGUGGUCGCGGGAGGCGGAAGAGAGAGCGCAGACGACAUGAGCGACAAGGCGAUAUUACAGACGAAGACGGUUACGAUUCAGCGAGAUUAA